AUGACGACUUUCAAACAUUCGAGACCAUUUACUCACUCUGCUGCCACUAUUGGGGAAACAAGAACUGAGGACAAAUAUAAAAUCCUAGAAGAGAGACUGAAAGUGAUUGAAGGCUUCAGUAUCUUUGGAGUUGAUGCUAUGGGGAUGUCCUUGGUGCCAGGCGUCUCCAUACCUCCAAAGUUCAAAACUCCUGACUUCGAGAAGUACAAGGGAGUCAGUUACUCAAGGAACCAUCUUAGGAUGUUCGUUAGAAAGAUGGUUGCCUACGCUGCAAAUGAGAAACUAAUGAUGCAUAGCUUCCUGGACAAUCUAAGUGGGGCAUCCCUAGACUGGUACAUGCAGCUGGAAAGAACCUAUGUCAAUACUUGGAAAGACCUAGCUAAUGCCUUCUUAAGAAAAUACAAAUAUAAUCUGGAUAUGACUCCCAAUCACAUGCAACUUCAAAACCUUUCCCAAAAGGGCAGUGAAUCCUUAAAGGAAUAUGCCCAAAGGUGGAGAGAACUGGCUUCCCGCGUACAACCUCCACUCUUGGAGAACGAGUUGGUUGACAUGUUCAUGGGCACCCUACAAGGCCCUUACUACAAAAAGAUGAUUGAUUCAGUAUCCACCGAAUUUGCUGAUUUGGUAAUAAUUGGGGAAAGAAUUGAGAAUGUCUUGAAAAGUGGUAAGAUUGGAAAACCGUCCUCAAAUCAACAUAGUAACAAAAGGUACUCCAAUAGUAACAAUUCGAAGAAAGGAGAGACCAACGUUGUCACAGUCGAAGGGAGUUCUCAGGUAUUGGUAGAGAUUAAACCUCUAGUACCUCCAACAAAUCCGCUUAUCCAUGGUUAUGAUGCUAAUGCCAGGUGUGACUUCCAUGCUAGAUCACCAGGGAAUGCUACUGAGAAGUGUUUGGCACUCAAGUUAAAGGUACAAGCCUUACUGGAGCGCAAUAUUAUCUCUUUCACUCCAGAGGGUCCAAAUGUGAAAGGAAAUCCAAUGCCAGGACAUAGUGGUCUAACUAUCAAUGCGAUAAAAUAA